AUGACUUGUUGGGAGAGCGUAGGAUUUCUCGGUCCUUGCGCGUUACUAGCGAGUUCUGCUCUCAGGUCCGUCAUAGAAACUAAACCAGAUAACAUGGUUUCAUUAGUUCUGCUUACGACCGAGGAAGUUCUACAACGCAACGGCUUUUGGUACUGUUUAGAUGCCAUGUGGAUCACUGAAGACUUGGAACCAUUCGAGGAAGUCAAGCCAGAUCAUUUAUUUUCCAAGCCGCUUUCUAGAGAUAUUUAUUACGCUAAGUAUCCAGAUAUACCGAGAAGUGAAUCGGAAGAUGAGAAUUCCUUUAGCGUCCGCGGGUUUAAGACAAAACAUCAAGCGUGGAAAUCAAAAAUACGAAUCAGAAAACUAGAAUACCGAAGAUACUCAACUGAAUCGACACACUGUUUGUCCUGGAGAAACUCUUUUCCUGAAUCAACAAGAGUUACGUCAUUGGUGUACGCCAAGAGUAAGGACCAAAUGACUGCAGAAAACGACGAAAGAGCUCGUGAGUUCUUUAACCGUUUGAUCGCAAAUGUUCCACCUCCACCCGUAGAAGAUAUCCAAGAUUCUAUUCUCAAAUUGCCGAAAGGAGAUGAAAUGUGCAACCUAGAUUUACCUGAUUACGCUGAUUUUGCCAAAGAAACUAAAAACGAGAAUGAAAACACAAAUGGACCUACUACAUCAACAUUGAAAAAAACAAAACGCAAAGUGGAUUUUAGCGCGAGUUCAUUAAAAAGCGACUCAGAUCGUUGCGAUUCGUGGCAUGAAAGCAUAUACGGCAUGUCGGGAAUAAUGGAUGGCCCUUCAGAUGGCUUGCACAUGUUGAGUGACGCGGUAUCCUGGUCUGAAGUUAUCGACAUGUGCGAUAGUGCUUUGAAGAGCACGGAGUCGGUAAACUCCGAGAGGAUCAUAAGUCAAUCGUACCGCGGCCGUUCUUUAUCGAGUGUAUCCCUCCAUGACGAUGCAGAUUACGAGAGAUUUGCAAUACAUAAACUAAGAAGAUCUUUCAAACUCUCCGUGCCCGAUUCAUCUUCUUUGCGUAAUAUCGGUGAUUUUGACGACUUUCCUUCAAAGCAAGCAACGCAAAACCGACCUGCAUUUGGAACACUUUAUCGUUUAGCUCCAACUCAAGACUCGCCUCCUGAAAACGAGCUGCAGAAGAAUUCCGAUCGAGUGUUAUCUGAACACGAGUUGCGAGUCCAGAGGUCCUUGCAAAAACUCAAUGUUCCAGAAUGGUACAAAAAUGCCCCAGCCCCGCGCGAGGGUUUUCUCUUACGGAAGCGGUUGUCUGACGCCUCCGCGUCCGCCGGCAGGUGGAGUGGACUCAACUCGAAGACUACAUCUUUGGGGAGCCUCGGGGCGAAUGCGCAACCUCCACCACCCCAGCUCUCACCACACACAACCAGCUUUGGCCGGUGGUCUACAAGUCGGCUUAACUCGAACCAAACUUCGCCAUGUUCUUCGACGAGAAGCAGCAUCCGUGGUGCCAGUCCCCUAUGCUCUCCAUCAACCAGAUCUUCAUUCAGCGCGCGACAACCCUACCUGGGCUGGCGUAGUCAAGAGAGGUUGAACUCUACACCACGCACGCCACAUGAAAGACUAGCAUCUUCUCUUCUGCAGCAGACAGCUUCAAGCAAGGCUUCUGAAGAGAUACAGACGUCCAUUAAAGAGGUCACAUCAGCUAUAGUCCACUACGUGUCUGGUCUGGAGCCGGCGAAUGGCGACUUAGAUGAUAGAGCAUCGCCGCGGUCUAAUCAGAAGUUGUAUUGGUUGGAGAGUUCUUUUGUUGGAACGAAACCUCUCGAUUCGCCGCAAACGCCCCUCGUGGUUACGGAAGCGUUGCCCCCACCACAUCCGCGUCCGCCAUCUUCCCUUAGGCUCGAGCACCGCGCGGCGCCCGACUGGCAAGAUUCCCAGCGUUCAUUGAAUGUGGGUAUUACAAAACCUUCCCCGGGGUCUACCACAUUGGAAGAUGUAUUGGACUCACUUUUAGGACUUCCCUCACAGCCCGCUAGAAUUCCUACGCCUCAGCCGAGCCCUAGGAAAUCGGCGAGCCCCUACUACAUGCUGGGUGGGAAGAGUCCAAGAUAUGAACAGUUAGCCAGUAGUGGUCACAGCAGUGCGUCUGCUGCUUCUCGUUACAUAAACACGCCUAGCGAGGCGCCUAGCUCCUUCACCUCCAGCCCUGAGGACCGAGCAGGCAAGGAUACAGUUGAUACAGCGGCCAGUAUGCCGGACUCGAGGCGAUCGCGGUCAGCUCAGGGCGAGCAUUCGCGACGAAGGAGUGAGCCUUUCGCCAAUCACAGUAUAUCCCUAGACCGCCGGACGAGCCUCGACUCCUCAGCCCUGCGACCCGAGCACCUCACCCGACACGACUCCAAAUCUUCCCUAGUAUCAUUACAAACCGAAAACAGCACAGACGAGGCGUUAGUCAAGUGCAAAUAUCCAAAAUGCACAUCUCGUACACCGUUAGCUGAAGCCAAACGGCAUUAUAAAACAUGUCAUAAUUGCACCACAGUAUACUGCUCGAAAGAAUGCCGCAGAGCCCAUUGGGAAAAACAUAGAAAAGUCUGCUUGCACUCGCGCGCUAGUGCCCUUUGUAGACAGAUCAUAGCAGCUGCGAAAGAGGAUGCGGCAGCCCUUAACCAAAUAAGCAGUAAAGCGUAUCAAGGAUAUCAGAUGCAAGGCAGAGGCGUUGUUAAAGUGUUCUUUACAAGUCCAGAAGCGGCAGAGAAGUUUACAACACACGGCUACCAGUAUCUAAGCGAGCCGGAGUUCGUGAGAUUGACAGCCCUGCAGCCCAACGAAAUGGGCGUAGAGUUAUACACGGAGGUCGUGAAACUCUGUAAGAGUUAUAAUCCGGAGACAAGAGUCAUACUGUACGUAGCAGUGUGUAUCAUCAGUGAAGUUCCAACGAAAGGGGCCGUCAAAUGGGAAAGGCAAAUGGUAUCCAGGUGUGCUAAACUAAGGCUCAGCAAGACCGUCUCCUCCAUGAUACAAGAACAGAAUAGAAGGAAAAAACGCAGAGAGAGUAAGAGUAGCCCCGAAGAUAGAGAAACGUUAAUACUCACUUCCAAGUUGUACAAUGCGAGCGAGAAGAAUGCAGCCACUGCCCACAAAUUUAGAGAGAUCUGCUUUAGGAAUAUAUGCAGCGAGUUGGAGGGUAGGGGGGUAGUGUUGAAGAAGCAUUUUCCAGAAGUGUAUUCAAGGUUAGGGGCGUACGUAGACGGCACGUGCGAUAGGUUCAUUCCGAUGACGAUAUAUCCUAAGGACGUGAAUAGUGGAAAGUCGUUUGUGUGUGUAAUAAUGCCAGAUAGUGAUGCGGACAGUGGGACGCCAGUGGAUGGCAGGAUCAUGACGAUCGAUGUCGGAGUUGAUCGGUCGAAACACCAAUUAUCCACGCCAAUGUAG